ACACAAAGUAGUUUCCAUUAAACUAUGGUUUUUCUUCCUUUCAUUUGUAUAUUUUUCUUCCUAAACUUUCAUGGCUAUGUUGCCAUGAAAACUGAGCUUUCAAGUACUUCCAACACCAAUUUACAAACCUACAUUGUCCAUGUAAAGCAGCCAGUGCUUGAGAUUUUGGGUGACACCAUUGAUCUCCAAAAUUGGUACACAUCAUUCUUACCAGAAACCAUCGAAGCGUCAUCCGACGAACAACCACGGUUACUUUAUUCAUAUCGACACGUGAUGAGUGGUUUCUCUGCAAGACUUACAAAAGAGCAAGUUAAAGCAAUGGAAGAGAAGGAUGGUUUCAUCUCGGCCAUGCCUGAAACCACAUUGAAUUUGCACACAACUCAUACACCUGAAUAUUUGGGGUUGAACAAACAUUUUGGGUUAUGGAAGAAUUCAAACUUUGGUAAAGGAGUGAUCAUAGGAGUAUUGGAUACUGGAAUUCAUCCAAAUCAUCCUUCGUUUAACGAUGAAGGAAUGUCGUCACCACCGGCGAAAUGGAAAGGGAGAUGCGAAUUUGGUGCUUCUAUUUGUAAUAACAAGUUGAUUGGUGCAAGAACUUUCAAUCUUGCUAAUAAUUUCGUGAUUGGGAAAUCACCAAAUGAUGAAAAUGGACAUGGCACACACACAGCAAGCACAGCUGCAGGCACUUUCGUUAAAGGUGCUGAAGCUUUGGGAAAUGCAAGAGGCAAAGCUGUUGGAAUGGCACCUUUAGCUCAUAUUGCAAUGUAUAAAGUUUGUUCUCCAAAUGGUUGUUCGAGUAGUGAUAUACUCGCUGCGUUAGAUGCUGCAAUCGACGACGGUGUUGACGUGCUCUCGCUCUCCCUCGGUGCCCCAUCGACUCCAUUUUUCAGAGACACUAUUGCCAUGGGGGCAUUUGCAGCCAUUAAAAAGGGAAUUUUUGUGAGUUGUUCAGCUGGGAAUUCAGGCCCUUCCAAAAACACAUUAGCCAACGAAGCACCAUGGAUUCUAACUGUUGGAGCAAGCACUAUUGAUCGAAAAAUCGUGGCAUUGGCAAAGCUUGGAAGUGGCGAAGUCUACACCGGUGAAUCUCUGUUCCAGCCCAGAAAUUUUCCAUCAAAAUUCUUACCACUUGUAUACGCUGGCAAAAGCGGAAUCGAAGGGUCUGAAUAUUGUAUUCAAGGUUCCCUUGAAAAGCUGAAUGUGACAGGAAAAGUCGUGGUAUGUGAACGAGGAGGAGGAAUAAGCAGAGUAGCAAAAGGGUUGGUUGUGAAAAAUGGUGGUGGAGCUGCCAUGAUUCUUAUAAACCAAAAACCAGAAGGGUUUAGUACUUUAGCUGAAGCUCAUGUUCUUCCAACGACUCAUUUAAGCUAUGAAGAUGGACUUAAAAUCAAAGCAUAUAUAAAUUCAUCACAUAAUCCAAAAGCUUCAAUUUCAUUUAAAGGAACUCUGCUUGGAAACAGAGCCACCACUUUCUCCCCUGCCAUGGCUUCUUUUUCUUCACGAGGGCCAUGUCAAGCAAGCCCUGGGAUCUUGAAACCUGACAUAACGGGCCCUGGUGUCAACAUUCUCGCAGCUUGGCCAUUCCCAUUAAACAACAACACGAACACGAACACAAAAUCGACGUUUAAUGUUAUAUCAGGAACAUCAAUGUCUUGUCCUCAUUUAAGUGGAAUUGCAGCUUUGAUCAAGAGUUAUCAUCCUAAUUGGUCCCCUGCUGCCAUUAAAUCUGCUAUUAUGACCUCUGCAGAUGUAAGAAAUCCUCAAGGGAAACCAAUCAUGGAUCAAGAUUUGAAACCAGCAAACUUUUUCGCUAUGGGGUCCGGACAUGUUAAUCCAUCAAAAGCAGCUAACCCAGGAUUGGUCUAUGACAUUCAGCCUGAUGAUUAUAUUCCUUAUCUUUGCCAUUUGUACACAGAUGCUCAAGUGUCGAUUAUUGUUCGUAAACAAGUAACGUGUUCGACGGUGCCAAGAAUACGAGAAGGGGAUUUGAAUUAUCCAUCGUUUGCUGUGAGUUUAGGAGCUGGUUCACAGACGUUUAAUAGAACAGUGACGAAUGUGGGUGAUGCUAAUUCAGUUUAUUACCCCAUUGUUGAGGCACCAGCUGGAGUUUCAGUGAAAGUUACACCAAGCAAUUUGAAGUUCUCAAAGUUGAAUGAAAAAGUGACAUAUUCGGUAACCUUCAGCCGGAUUGACUUUGUUCGAACAACGAGUGAAUUCAGUGAAGGGUAUCUCAUAUGGGUUUCUAAAAAACUCAUGGUGAGGAGUCCAAUCUCUGUGAAGCUCACCUAAGGAAGUUAUGAGACCUACUUCAUACAUUGUUGUAUUUGUUCAAAUCAAAAUUUGUAAUAAGAAUUGGUGUAAUCGUUAGUUAAUU